AUGUUAGAAAUCAGGAUCCAUCUCCAGCAGAGCGCGACUGUUUGGCAACACAACAACAGCAAACAUAAUGACAUAAUUGGCGGAGGAAUCGAGGGGCGACGCGACGCGGGGCGCAUGCGCUGCUUUGACGGCCAAGGUCGAGGCCGCGCGAUUCUGCUGCGCGCCGCCGCCGCGGCCAGUCUAACCAGUGCGCUCCUUUCUGGAAACUAA